AUGGAUCUUGCGCCUCACUCACUAGCCUGUUUAUUCGCGUACAUCCGAUGUUUCGAAAUAGGUAAUGUGAACAAAAGGGAAAUCAUUUGAAGCACUAGUAAGGUGUGUCACGGACAAGCGCUGCCGCUGCUGCUGCUGCUGUUGCUGCUAAUGAUGACGAGGCUGUUGUUGUUGUUGUUGUUGUUGUUGUUGUUGUUGUUGUUGUUGUUGUUGAUGAUGAUGAUGAUGAUGAUGAUGAUGAUGAUGAUGAUGAUGAUGAUGAUGAUGAUGAUGAUGAUGAUGAUGAUGAUGAUGAUGAUGAUGAUGAUGAUGAUGAUGAUGAUGAUGAUGAUGAUGAUGAUGAUGAUGAUGAUGAUGAUGAUGAUGAUGAUGGUUAG